UUUCGUAUGGUAUAUUUUAACCCCGUUGUCUACGGGGAAUUUUAAUUUUUAAUAGGAAAAGAAUUGCCAAAACCUUUGCAGUUUUGCGUGUAUUGACUAUGGAGAAAAUGAGAGCUGAUCAGCUUCUGUACAGAGGUAUAGAGUGAGAGAGAGAGAGAGCUUUGUUGAAGUGUCAUUUUCCUAUAUCUAUAUACUCUUGAGGAAAUAGGAAACCAAAUCCCUCACCUUCUCUCUACCUUUUCCCACUUUUUUUUUCUAGCUACUCUUCUUUCAUAACCACACAUCUCUCUCUCUCUCUGAAUGGAGUGUGUAUGUUUCUUGGAGAAGAGAAAAGGACUUUCUUUGUUUCAGUUUUUGCAUUAAGGCACUCUCUACAUCAGACUUUCUUUCUUUCUCUUAUUUGGUUUUGUGAAGUUAUUAGAGGGUUUUGCCUUCUUUAAUUUCAUAGUCAUCUACACUUCUAACCUCCUAAAGAUUGCUUUUUUAGUAAGCUUAGAAAAGAUCCCACUUCAAAAAUCUACUCUAUUUUUUGUGUUCUUAAAUCUUGGCUUCUCUUUUUAAUUAUUAGAAGAAAAGGAACAACAGCCUGCAACCAUUGAUUUCUAAGGGAAUAUUAAAAAUGUCCCAGAAAGGAAUUUUUGAUAAACAGUCUUUGAAUCUGAUUCCAGACCUUUCACUGCACAUAAGCCUUCCAAACAGCGCUCCUUCUUCGAUUUGCACUGGCACAAAUGAUAGUGAUUCUGCUUUUGAUUUUUGGCGCAAAGAUGAUGGCCUAAAAUCACAUAGUGAUAGUUCCAUAAGGGUUGGGUCUCAAGCAGACACUGAACUCUCUCUUGCAAAUCCAACAAAUACUGCUUUGGAGGCAGAGAGCCCUUGGAGAAGGAACUUCUGUGGCAGCGGAACCGGCAGUGUUGAAGGUCACCAUGAUCAAGCCAGGCAAAGAAAUCUUCUUCUUCAAUGUUCUGGCAAUGGCCAAAUGAGUCAUCUAAAUCAUGGGAUCUCAGUUCUUGAUGUCACAGGAUUGAAGCCUAUAAAGGGGAUUCCAGUGUACAAUAGCUGGAAUAGUUCAGGAGAUAUUGAUCCUAGAUUUAGCUUUAACCGAAUGCCUUAUUCACCUUCUUGCACCCCUUACUCUUCUUCUAACCCAUCAGCUGAUCACCAUAAAUCUCCUUUCCAAGCUUACAGAAUGGAUACUUCUGCACCAAGAUUCAAUGGAAUGUCAAUGGACACUCUGAGAGCCCCGCAGUACCAUCAAUACGGAGCUGCAGGUGUAGGGAGUGGUCCUGGUGCAGAGGUAUAUGGUAGUGGCAUGAUCAGAUCAAGAUUUAUGCCAAAGUUACAAAACAAGAGGAAUAUGAGAGCUCCAAGAAUGCGUUGGACUAGCUCACUCCAUGCUCGUUUUGUUCAUGCUGUUGAGCUCCUUGGUGGCCAUGAAAGGGCAACUCCAAAGUCAGUUCUAGAGCUCAUGGAUGUCAAAGAUCUAACACUUUCUCAUGUUAAAAGUCAUUUACAGAUGUAUAGAACUGUUAAGAGCACUGACUGCAGACCUGCAGCUUCCUCUGAUGGCUCCGGUGAUGAAGAUUCCAUGCCUGGAACAGCUUGCUUUAAUCAAAAUGCCAACUAUUUACUCAAGCAGAAAGGAGGUUCAAAUGUGCCUAAUUUACAGCAUGAUAAUGGUUUCUCUCACUCUCCCGCCACUCUAUGGAGCAACUCUUCUAGCAAAGGAGGAGGAUGGCAUAACAGCUCAAGAGAUCUAGAUGGGCUGAAGGGAGAAGCUCUAUCUUCUCAACAAGUAACGGGAAAUAAACUGGACGGAGUUGGUUUUGCUCAAUCAAGAAGCUUUACAGGAUUCAAUCAAGAACUCAAGAAUCCAAUCCUGGAGAUUUCCUUAGGGAGACCAGAGUACUGGCAAAACGAAGAGCAUGAAUGAUUUAAGAUAAGAGUUAUGCCGGCUAACAAUGGCAUGGGAUUUAGAAUUCCCUUUUUCUUAAACAAAAAGAAAAAGAUCAUAGAAGAUAUAAAUAGAUAUAGGGCUUUGCAAGGGGAGAAGAAGAAAGUCUUGUUCUGUCAAGUUCAGUGCAUGUCUGUCUGUAUAUUCUUUUUUAGACCAUUGUUGGACUAUGUUAUGAGUUGAUGUUAGUCAUUACGUGGUGCACUCAACGAAGCAAAAAGCAGUAGAGAAGAAGGAAUCAGUUUUAAUGGUGCAUGAUAUAUAUAUAUA